UUCAAGAAUUGGAUGAUUGCGUUAUGUGGUUGUGAACAUUGUAGAGGAAAGGUGAUGCUAAAAAACAAAUUCUAAAAGAAAUGGUAACGAUAUUCAAGUCAUCCGUAUGGUCGUCAACAAGAUAGAAGGCGACUUGAAAAUUGUAAUGGUAAAAAAACAAAUCCUAAAAGAGAUCCUACACAAUAUUCAAAUCAUCAACAUGAUAGAAGGCGACUUGAAAAUUAUAAUAUGGAUGCUCUGAUAAAAUUUUUAAAAGUCAGCAAGACAGCCAUGUCAGGCUGUUGGAGUACCAGGCCCGCCUCCUUAUGGAAUGUAUGAG